GCCAAUUGGGGAAUCUCUACUAUCUUCAUUGGGUCCGGUAUCGAGUUGCGACUUAUCAUUAACGGCCCGUAUCCUCGAAUUCCACGCCCUUGCAGAUUUGUCGCCAUUGACAUCUCGGAAUACAACACCGCAAUAACACUUGGGAAAUUGUUCCUCGUAUCAUUUGCUGAAAUACCAUCCACCAUGGAGUCUGAUCGCCCCCACCUGUCCAUCACCCUUCCCCGAAAUUUCAUGUUUCACUAUCGCGACGGCGCGGCACCGCAAACGCCUGAGCCUGAGCCACAGGCUUUUGAGCUUCAACCACCGCCUCCACCACGACAGACCCUGAAGGUCCGUCGUCGCCGUGCGACCCUCGUGCGUCAGCAUAUCGAACUUGAUUUCCCCAUGGAAGAGAAGCCGAUUCCAACCAUCGAGGCAACAAACUACUUUGAAUCGACAAACGCACUUCCGUCGCCUCCCUCCGCCUUCGACAAUGCAUACCUAUCGCCACCAACAAGCUUCAGUCGUCUGGCAUCACCCCCGAAGACUCCAGCCCAUCAGGUUAGAACCAUUGAUAUCUUCGCUGCUCCACAGCAUUGGGACGACCUGGAGCCGAGCUGUAGCGAAACAUCCAGUAGACCCACCUCAUCCUCGGGCUUCUCUGAUUCAUCCAUCUCAUCUCGGGGCAGCAUGGAGUCGCUUGUGUCACGAGGCGGCAGUUGCACAAGUCCAGAGGAGGAAAUGUGCGACCCGUUCUCGUUUGACGCCCUUGAGAUGAAAUACAAGCAGCCAAGUUCUCCGUUGGCAGCCCAUCAACAGCCACGUCCAACCAAGAAGCUGAAAUUACGAGCGACAUUUACCGAAGAGAUGGAUUAUCAUCUCUGGAGGACAUAUAUGACAUACCUUCAGGAUCCUACAGUGACGCCAUUCAAGGCCGUUCCACUAACAACUCCACCAAAUGGAGUUUGCCAUCGAGUAGCUCGAAUGGCUCGCAAGACUUGGAAGGGACCGAUUCCGGCGCGUGCUCCUAGUGUUCGUGCGGCUCGCUUUGGAUCUCAGUCCGGAACUCCAGAUACCAUUAGAGCUUUGAAGAGUGGUAGCAGCACCCCGCUGGCAAGACUCAACAAGCCAUACAUGCGGUACCCAACCGAGAAGCAGUGUCGAAAGCGAUUGCGCGACCUGGCUAAGCAAAGGCCAAACUUGUCUGCAUACUAUCAGCGUCUGCUUCAUCGAUCACCCUCACCCUUCCAGUCAUCACCACCCUCAGAGAAGGCGGAAGAGCCAAUUCAGCCGCAGGCGCAGCCACUUUCCUCUCCAUUUGCACAGGAGACGUCAUCAUUCACGUUCUCAACUCGAGACAUGAAUGUCUCGCUGGCGACAAGCACAGCUACCUCGAUGCGGAUGGGUAAUCCUUUGUCGCAAUUGGCGAGUGAUCUAACUCCUCGACCUGAGCAGAAGAGCUGGUCGAAAGCAAGAUCCUCAGCACACCAGAAGUCGCAAUCGCUUCAUGUUGGAUUAGGAUUGGGCUUAAGUAACGUCCUUGGCUCUCCUUUCCAGUCCUCAUCUACUGUAGAGAUGACAGAUGCCGGUUCCAGUCCACAUAACGCGCAGACGUGGCAUGCACAAACUGGUCUUCCUACACCAAGGUUAGGCUCACCUUUUCAGCUGCACGCUCCUCGACCCAAAUCACGGGUUUUCAAGCGACGGGCCUUGGCCAACAGCUUCGAGGAUAAAACACGGAACCGUGGCAACAGCUUUGUGGACGAUAUCUUUGGUGCCCCGGCUGAGUCGAGUCAUCGUCGUGUAAGGGAUCGAGGCUUCAGCUUGGGUGACAUGAUGGAUGGCGCUGGCGCCCGACGACUGCCCUUGUCGUCAAGUGCAUCAUCUGACUUCAACCCUUUCGUGAAUCUCAGGCCUCAGCUACCCAGUCCGGUUCAUACCUCUCCUGCUAUCAUGGCGGAGGCUCAUGGGCAAGGCACAAUCCGCUUAGGAACACCGUUCGGCGGACGGCCAAGCAACACAUUCCCUCGAGCAUCGACUUCUUACGGCUUCGAGCCGCCAUCAUCCUUCGAGCAACGAUUUGCUGCAGCGCCCAGCAACUCUGAGCGUCAGUCCAGUUUUUAGAUGACCUGCUUCUAUACCAAGUACAGCGUGUGCGUGUGCGUCGGCGUCGGGAUCCGCAUCAGCAUCGGCGUUUAGCAUUGGCAGCUUCGAGCUCCAUCUUUGACAUGUCAGCGAGCGAGCACUCGCGUGCCAUUUGACCUACCAUCUGUUUCAUUUGCACAGU